AUGCCUUCCUCCAACAUGAUCAAGCGGAUAAAGUUUGUCCCUGCCUACAAGUUCAUGCUCUUUCCAAAGCUUGCCCCGGAAUUGCGCGUCACGAUCUGGCACUUCGCCGCAAACUACCAACGUACUAUCACCAUAUGCGGUGCAGAACCUUAUGCCGAAGCCAACCGGAUGGUCGCAAAGCACAAUGCACACAUCGUACCGGGAAUUUUGCAUGCCAAUAGGGAAUCUCGUGAAAUUGCUUUGAAGCACUACCAGAUUCACUUUGGCCCCCAAUUCGGAGGCCGCCACAUAUUCUUCAACUAUGACGUCGAUGGUCUCUACUUCCCCUUCCCCUCAGACUUGGAUGCUUUCUACGGACGGGCCAAUGACGGGAUGUCGCAGCAAGACAACUCUUUUCUUGCGCUCUCCGAACGCCUCCCAAUGGAGAGGAAGCUCAAGCGUUUGGUGAUUGGAAACACAAUCAUGCUUCUUGGAAACGCGCUGUUGACUCGAUUCUGGCGUGUGGCAGAAGUGGUUCUCGAGGCACCACCAAGAAGUUUUCUGCCUCACACUGAAACGUGGAACAAUUAUCUCGCAGCCCUGGAGAAGUUGUGGAAAGUUGCGAGCAAAGGGGAGAAGACACCCAUUGUGAAGACUGUCACGGCUGAUGAGUUUUUGGAUUUGGUUCAUGAGGAGACUAAAAAGAAUAUGAGAGAGGAACAAUUCCGAGCUGUGGAAGGACUUUACCGAGAAGGUUACAUGGACUGA